AUGCCAACGACAGAGUUGGAUCUCGAAGAACUCCAUAGCCAAGAUAGGAACACAACAUGGUUUGGAAUCGAUAGAUUCCAGGACGACGGGCCCUUCUUGCAGGACUUUGACACCUUCAAGCAACUGAUAAAGAACUCGCCAAACCCGGACCAGAUUAGGUAUCCACAACUCGUGUCCUUUAUUGGCGAGACUAGCGCCGGAAAGAGUACUCUAAUCAAGAUGUUGAUCGAGUACGACCAGGCGAAAUACGAAGCCAACAAGUCCAUGUUUAAAGCACCAGUCCCAGGGAGCCCACUCCACGAUUCCACACCCACCUCUGCAGAUGUUCAUCUAUACGUCGAUCCUGCUACUUGGGAAGAAGAGAGACCAAUAUUCUACGCGGACUGCGAAGGCCUUAAUGCAGGAGAGCGCAUCCCAAUCGGGGCUCAUUCCCGGAGACAGACGAAGAUAGAUACUUCUCGGAAACUGGGCCUGCGAGCACGUUCACUAGAAUGGGCAACGUCAGACCAGACACGAACUCGUCAAUAUGCUGUUACUCAGCUCUAUCCUCGCCUUCUUUAUACGUUUUCCGAUGUCGUCGUUUUCGUGCUGAACAACCCGAAGACGUUCGAGCAUAACGUACUUCCAAAGCUGCUCGACUGGGCGUCAUCCUCGCUCGAAGCUAGUACUAACCAAGGUACACUUCCUCACGCCAUCAUCGCACUCAACUUCUCAAACACACGCAUCCCAUCCAACCUAUGGAUGGGUCGAGAUGCAACGAAUAACUUGCUCGAGAAUAAUGACCACUUGAUAAAUCCAGCAUACAGUAGCGCUCAAGUCACAAAGCUUGUAGAGAAAUGGAGGAAAAGAAACAGGCCCAUCAGAAGUCUUCGCGAUCUUCUUCACUGCUACUACGCUUCGUUCCAAGUAGUGCGUCUCCCGGAAGCCAAGGAUAUGCCUCGUCUCUCGAAACAAGUAUCACAACUGCACGGCACUAUCGUGGAAACAUGCAAAGCAUCGUAUCUGAACAAGCAGAAAGUUGGCCUUCUAUCAUCAGCCGAGGACCUGAGCUUUUAUAUCCAGAAAGCGUUCACACAUUUCUCGAAAGACCUAAACCAUCCAUUUGACUUCAAGAGUUAUUCCUUGAUUCGGAAUCCGAUACCUCAAAAUCUGGGUGGCCACAUCCUCCGCGUUGCUAUCGUGAUGCAGCGGCAGUAUCCAAAUAGAGCAGGGGAAUGGAUAUUCGAGAACUUGAGUUUUAUGGUGGCCUCUUGCUUCCUCUAUGACUGCGCAACUUACAGAAAGGGGAAACCACACGAUCUGUUCGCGGACUAUCAGCCAAACUUCGAAGAUGCUCUGGUUGAGUUUUGCUCGUCACAUUGGCCUUGCGAAUUCUCUCACGCCAAGAGAGGACGAUGUGUCAACGUAAGCAAGAGUCAUGAAAAGGGUCACCAAACCGGUAACCGAGGCAAGGUAACACAUGGUCACUACAUGUCCAGCUUUACUGCGGAAGAUUACAAGAACGUAUGGCUAAACUCGCUCAAGUCCAGAUUGCAUGAUGUGCAAGAGGAGUUAGAGAGUAAGGACGAUAGCUCAGAAGAGACUGGUCCCUUGAGUCCUAUUCGAAGACUGCAUGCCCGCAACAUAUCGAGUUUCUACCGUGCCGUCGGUGGCGCGUCAAAAUUCAAUAGUCACGCUACGUGUCUAUGCUGUCUCAUGCGGCCUCCUGAACAUGUCCUUCGAUGUGGUCAUGUCCUCUGCACUGAAUGUGUUAAAGCAUUUGGCACAGUCAGAAAUUGCACGAUGGAGAUGAAAGAAUGUCCCUUGCAUAUCGACGAUUGCAAUUGGAGAUACCCUUGGAGGAUUCGGAUGAAGCCUGAUUUUGCAGGCGUUCGUAUUCUGUCUCUCGAUGGAGGAGGUAUCCGUGGAAUCGCCGAGCUCGAGGUUCUCUGCCAGAUUCAAGAAAAGCUAGGUGUCAAUAUCCCAAUCAGUGCUUUCUUCGAUCUCAUUGUUGGGACGAGUACCGGUGGAAUCAUCGCACUGGCUCUUGCUGUAAAGCAAUGGCCUGUCAACAAGUGCAUUGAAGAAUUUAAGCGUCUCGUCAAGAAAGCGUUCUCGCCACGUGAAUUCCACGGCAUCGCCCCUCUUCAAUACAUCGCUACAGCUAGUCACGGCAGCACCUGGAAGACUACUCCGUUCCACGAAGCUUUGCUUGAGUCACUUGGAGAUGGGUAUCUGUUUGGCGGGGCCGAGAGCUCAGACAAUGUAGCUCGGGUAGCUGUGACAACGACAGACGAAGUGGCCACCAGAGGCAUUGUAAUCGCGAAUUACUGCCGGAAAAGUCCUAAAGACGACAAGCAGAGUUACGAGUUCCUGAGACCUAGCGAGCCGGAUGCUGAGAUGAGAACAUGGCAUGCUGGAGCAGCGACUGCUGCCGCUACGCCAUUCUUCAAGCCAUUCGUUCAUCCGUUCACCGGAGAGACCUAUCUUGAUGGAGCAUUCUACAAUAACAACCCAGUAAAGGUGGGAAAUCGAGAACGGCAACUGCUAUGGCCAGAUGUGCAAGAUAAUCACCCGGACUUAUUGCUAUCUAUCGGCACAUCGCAGCAUCAACAGGCUAUGGUAGAGGAUUUCCGCUCUGAGAGAUUCGACAUGCAGCGCAAUAUCAUAUCAUCUCUCAGUCAUGGCAAAGCCAAGAUAAAGGCGACCAGUAAGGUUAAACACCUCGCCGGUAUGUUCCAGUAUGGAAAGGCAGCGAUCAACAAGUUGGGAGACUCAAUACACUGCGAGCGUCAGUGGGAACAGUUCUUGGACGGGAUGGAGCGAAGCACUGCUCAUAGUGAAGAUUCUCGCCGCUACGUUCGCAUAAAUCCAGAUAUUGGUAGAACGCCGCCACGGCUAGACGACGUAAACGAGGUUGAUCGACUUCAAUUAGAUGUCUCCCGAUAUCUCAAAGGGUCUGAGGCCAUGGCUGAUCUCGAGGAUGUUGUCUUCCGCUUGGUCGCUAGCAGCUUCUAUUUUGAACGAACGCACGCGACAAGAGAUAUGUCUCAGGGAGUCGCCAAAGUGAGAGGUAGGCUACAAUGUCGCUUCGAAGAAUCAUCAGACUGGGCAAAACAGAUGGGUUUGUUCUUCAAAAAGCAUCAAAGAGCAGACUUCCAGCCGUACUUCGAUACCUGGGAUGGCAAUCAACAGCAUGGAAGGGAAAAGAUCAAUUUGGACUCCUCGCGCAUCGAGAGGAUGGCCAGCCAUGGUGCACUUGACGUUCAAGAGGUUGAGCUGACAGUAGCAACAUCUGGGAGAGAUGCGGACAUCAGACUCCAUCUCCACACUUCAACAGGUCGGACCAAAGGCUAUUCUAUCAGCGGCUUCCCUCGCGAUUUCUUCAGGGAGAUUGACCGAGUUGAAGUAGACAACGAGGUAGAAGAAUCGCCCAAGGAUAGCAUACCGAAACCUGCGACCCUUCCAGGCAUCCCAUCAAUCAACGUGUUGAGUGGAAAGGGAACGGCGUUGCUAAGACCCGGAGCGCCGGGCAGCACCUCGGAGCAGAACCUCAGUACACAACCGCAUGUCUUGAACGAGGAAGAUCGGCGCAAAUCAGAUGACGUUCUGUCUCGAGCUACGCCCGAGAAGGUCUCCAGAGAUUUGAGUUUGAAAGAGAAAUUAUCAAGCCUGAGUCUGCGCGGCGAGGAGCGUCGAUCUCACUGGAUUGGGUCAUCCAAGGGCAUAUGGCGUGAUAAGUCUCCUCUCACCCAGGAAUAUGAACAACAAGCAUUGCCCAAUUCGCCACAGCAUCGUAGAAGCUUCAGCACAAAGUCCCCACCUGAACAGCCACAAGGACAACGCAAUAUGGCCAGUCCUCCUUCCAUGCCCCGAGAAACAGCUCAACACAACGGAGGCUAUGACAUACCAUACACAACUCCCGACACGAUUAUGAUCUCUUCCUUGCCCAGCUCGAUCCCACGGAUGAGUAUGCCACCAGCAAACCCAACGCCUUCGCCAAUGAGUAAUCCCCAGUGGCAACCAAUAAAUCCUCAGUGGCAACCGACAAAUCCUUGGUCGCAAUCAAUAUACCCUACACACACAUCGCAGCCAUCACUGCCACCCGCGACUAUUCCACUGAACCCCCAGUGGCAACCGACACAUCCCACACACACAUUGCAGUCACCGCUAGCACCUGCGACCAUCCCAGUAGAAUUCACCAGUACCGCUGCUCCCUCGAGUACUUACGAGUUCUAUUCCGCCGACAAGGUCUACCUGUCGCCUCAUACCACAGCCGCCAAACCACCGACCACACAUACCACUCCUGCUUUCAACAACACCCUCCCCCCUCAAGCUCAGCCAAAUCAUACAGCCACUCAACAUCCCCCUUUAAACGACCACUAUCAAUCGCCACUGUAUAAAACUGAUCACAAGGCGGAUCUGGAACUAGAAUUUGCGCUACAGAUUAGUCUUGCGGAUCAGGAAGAAGAAGAGCGAGAAGAGCAGAGAAGAUUGACAAGAGCUUUAGAAGAAAGUCGAAGAGAAGCGUAUUGGUGCUAA